AUGGUCCGGCUCAGGCAUCCCGGCUCGGCACAGGUGCUCUGUGACCAGGGCCUCUUUCGUGCCACUUCGGCGCUGCAAAUCCUCUCAGGCCUUGGGAAGGUUUUCGCCGAGGGCCUCACCGGCGUUAUUGGCGCGGCCCAGGCAUCCGAUGCACUGGGCACAGUUCAGGCAGCAGCCGGGGAUCCCGCUUUCUUGGGGACGGAGCCCGUGAACCAGGUGGAGGUUUUCAUAAGCCACACGUGGGGCUCGGCUCGAUGGCAAAAGUACAUGAGCAUGUGCUACUUUCUGAACCUUGGCCUAGCUUUCAAGGCAACAGCAGCUGUCUGGCUUGUGGCCAUCAUCUCCCUCGCUACCUUUAAGGUGUCGAUUCUCUGUGGCCAGGAGUAUUUGUUUCCGCUCAUUACGGAGCUUCCUUUGUUUGUGUUCUUCCUGUUCUUCUUCUUUGGGCAGCAUCUCUGUGGACAGCUGUGGGCCCCCAGCUUCUGGUUGGAUAAGCUGUGCAUCCACCAGACGAAAGAGGAGUUGAAAGCGCAGCAGGUGGCAGCGCUCCCCGUCUUCGUGGCCCGGUCGUCACGAAUGCUGGUGCUCUGGGAUGACACCUAUUUCGAGAGGCUCUGGUGCAACAUGGAGAUGGCGACUUUUGCGAAGUAUUCCGAGAGCCCAGGGAAGAUGGAGUUCCUUCCCUUGUGGCUGGCGCCCUGGCUGCUCUCCUCAAUGCUGCUGGAUCUGCUGGGCGUGACCCUCCUUCGAGUAUGCGAGACCUUUCUCCAGUCGGAAGAGAAUGUCAAACACGCGAUCAAGUAUGCUGAGAUGAUCUUUGGUGAGACCCACGAAGUUAAUGUCUUCUUCCACAGUUUUCUGGAGGUGGUUCCCAACUUCCUGUGUUAUCUUCCGGUCGCAUUGCCUACGAUGCUUUCCUUCCGGAGCAAGAUCCAAGCACACGAGCUGAUGCUGGAGCAGAUGGCAAAGUUUGAGCUUCGAAAUGCUAAGUGCUCUGUGGAAGCCGACCGGCCACUGGUGGAAGAACAGGUGGCCUUGCACUUCCAGCCAGAUCUGGACACAGAAGUCAUUGUUGCCGGCAGCUCUGUGAACGCUGAGCAAGAAAAGGAGCCGGAUGCCUUACGAGCAGAGUCGCUGGAAAGGUUCAACAACUACGUGCAAGGUCCCCUUCGUGCUGCUGUUUUGGACUGCAUUGGAGACACGCAUGAUGUGCCCUUAUACUUGUGCUAUUUGUGCUUCCUGCCCAUGACUACCUACAAUGCCGUCACGGUCUCUCCCGUAGCAUUCCGGGAAUGCUUCGCAUCGGCAACGACCUUUGGUUUCUCUAACCGACUGGACAUGUGUAUGUGCUUUGGACUAGCAUUUGUCUUGGCGCAGCUUCUCGCAUACCCGGUGACAUUUCCAGUCUUGCUCCAUCUCCUCCACAAGGUGGAGAAGGUGAGUGAAGUGUUCUCAAUUAAGCUGCUGCUCGGGGUGUUUGCAAGCUGUUUCGCCUAUGCGUACUCUUUCUUCUGUGCCGGGGUCAUCUGGGGUGCCACCUUCGUCGUCUGGCAGAGGCGGGCCAAAGCAUGCGAACCCGAUAAUCCCAAAGGCUCCAUGUACCCACAUAGUCGAUACGUAGGCCUUAAAGUACCUACAGAGGGACCCCUUUAA